AUGGCAGACCAAGAGGAUGGUCCGGCUCGAGGACACUCGCCAGGCGCUGCUGAUCCCAAUGAUGAGCAUGUCCAUUUCGACGAUGGAAGCACAGUCACUUCUACCAUUUCGCAAUCAACAUCUGCCAUGACCUCUCCUCUAACUUCCGAAUUUAGAGAUGUGGAGAAAAACGACCAUGAUGUGCCACGAAUACCAACUCUUUCAUACAAUAUACCUCCCAGCGAGGAGGGGUCGAGAAGGGAUUCAAUUGGGGGUUAUGCCACUGACGAAGAAGCAUCUGUCUGUAAACCCUUCUUAAGAACAUCCAGUCCACACUCGGAUUUGAAACGAAAUAAAGGGGCGGAAUAUGAAAAGGUUGGAGACUUGGGUGUUUGCACCAUGCAAAAGUUCUCGUUGUAUGAAACGGCUACGAGGUAUUAUGUUGUAGGAGCUGAUAUUCUCGAUUCUCGAUUUCGAAUCCUGAAGAUUGAUCGCACCGCAGAGAUAGGAACCCUGAAUAUCACUGAGGAUGAGAUUGUAUACACGAAGAAAGAGAUGACCCAGUUGCUCAAUGCUAUUGACGAUGGGAAUAAGAGUUCAGGUGGUAUGAAACUCAAGAGUGCUGUCUGGGGUAUACUUGGGUUCAUACGAUUUACUGGUUGUUAUUAUAUGCAUAUGAUUACCAAACGGAACCAGACUGCUAUGAUCGGUGGCCACUUCGUAUACACCAUCGAAGCUACGGAACUAAUACCACUGACUACGUCAACUAGCUCUAGAUUCAAGUCAUCAGAUACUCGGAAUACCGAGGAGUCGAGGUUUCUGAGUAUCUUAAAUGGACUUGAUUUGAAUAAGUCUUUCUAUUUCAGUUAUUCCUAUGAUAUCACGAGGACUUUGCAACAUAAUAUUAUGACAGAGCGAGCUGCUCUCGCCGCUGGAAAACCAUCUCCUCAUCCCAAAGAUUACAACUCCAUGUUUGUUUGGAACAGUCAUCUAUUGAGUCCUGCGGAAAACCUUCUGAAGAAUACUUAUGAUUGGUGUGUACCAGUAAUUCAUGGGUAUCUCGCGCAAGCUGCUCUACCAGUAUGGGGACGAAUAGUCUAUAUAACAAUUAUAGCAAGACGCUCCAGAUACUUCGCCGGUGCUCGAUUUUUGAAGCGUGGUGCUAAUGAUAUGGGAUAUGUCGCGAAUGAUGUCGAGACUGAACAAAUAGUCUCAGAAAACACCACAACCUCAUUACAUGCUCCCGGGCCAAAGCUCUAUGCCAGUCCCAAUUACACUUCUUAUGUGCAACAUCGCGGAAGUAUCCCAUUACACUGGACUCAGGACAACACCGGUGUAACUCCCAAGCCUCCUAUCGAGCUGAAUCUGGUAGAUCCAUUUUACAGUGCAGCUGCGUUGCAUUUUGAUAACCUCUUCGAAAGAUACGGAGCUCCCGUUUAUGUCUUGAACCUGGUGAAAGCAAAAGAAAGGACGCCCAGAGAGUCGAAAUUAUUACAUGAGUUCACAGAUGCAAUCAAUUACUUGAAUCAAUUUCUUCCAGCAGACAAGAAAAUUAUUCACAAACCAUGGGAUAUGAGUCGCGCUUCAAAAAGUCGAGAUCAAGAUGUGAUUGGUACGCUUGAGAGUAUGGGUAACGAGGUCGUUACUCAUACUGGAAUAUUCCAUAACGGUGACGGCAAAACAACAAUGCCAACUGUGCAAAAUGGCGUUGCUAGAACUAAUUGUAUUGAUUGUUUGGACCGAACGAAUGCUGCUCAAUUCGUCAUUGGUAAGAGAGCUCUUGGAUAUCAACUCCAUGCUCUGGGUAUCCUGAGUGAACCUUCGAUUAACUAUGACACUGAUGCGAUAAAUCUUUUCACAUCUAUGUAUCACGGACACGGUGACACAAUUGCAAUUCAAUAUGGAGGCUCACAAUUAGUCAACACUAUGGAGACUUAUCGAAAAAUUAAUCAAUGGACUAGUCAGUCUCGAGAUAUGGUAGAGAGUUUCCGAAGAUACUACAACAAUUCAUUUCUUGAUGGCCAAAGACAGGAAGCUUAUAAUCUCUUCCUCGGAAAUUACGUCUACGAACAUGGACAGCCAAUGUUAUGGGAUUUAGCAACUGACUAUCAUCUUCAUCAUACUGAUCCCCGUGUUUGGUCUCCGCGUACCCGUCGAAGUUAUAUAAAUUGGUAUACACCUGCCUUCCUCGAGAAGAAGACUUUACCCCCAUAUUCCGAUCCACAAGGUGUCUUGGCAAGCAAACCUCUCAACUACUUUGAUGACUAUUGGAUUGAGUAUUACAAGCCUCUCUCUAUCUCCUCCAUGGUUAAGAUCUUCACUUAUCCAGGCAAAAUGUCUUCCUCCGCUCGUCUCUUGCCCCGAUCCCAGCAUCGUGAUGAAUCUCGCGUCGGCUACGAUCUUUCGCCAUUCAAAGUUCGUGCUGAUGCUACUGCUCAUGUUGAAGAACCACCUGUUCACCAAUCGUCUCCUAAUGCAAAGGGCAAGAAAAAGGAGGUGUCAUUUCCGGACACCACGGAAUUAAGGGCUGAUGAUGAUGUUCCGGAGAAUUCAUCAAUUAGAUCUGGUGGAGCUGGUACGAAACGUAUUAGUCUUCAAAGGUGGCUUCAGCCGAUCCAGGAGUCAUACCCUCUCUCUGACAAUGGAUCGUUUCAUUCGACAGCAUCACAAAAUCAUCACCAUAACCCCCCUGGUAUCAUGAAAGAAACAUCGUCUCAUUCGCAAUCACAUUCAACGGAAGAUUCGUUCCAUAAUUAUAAUUCUGCUUCGAAUCAUUACUCUUCAAAUAUCCAUUCAAGUCGAAAUCUGGGAGGAUUAGAGAGGAAAAAGAUGACACCAUUGGAUAAAAGCAAAGCUGCUCAAUGGACCUUCACUCAAGUUGUCAGCGAAUCUCUUAAUCCCAGUGUCAAUCUAGGCGAAGAAGAAGACUAUGAGCGAUACGUCGAGUAUCCACAACUGCUAUCACUAGUAGUAGGAGAUGAUGAUCAUGAUAUCGAGGGUGUAGAUGAAUAUGAAGAAUGGGUCAGAGGUGUUGGCUGGGAUAGUGGUUUUGGUCAAGGCGGGUACAACGGUGGAAUCAAUGGAGGCUGGGGUAGAGAAGAAGAUCAUGAGGAAAUCGAGGAAUAUAGAAGCUUUUUAAGAGUGGCGGAGAAUCCGUUGACGGUGCUUGAGGAAGAUGGACAGAAGAAGAGAUAUAAGGCAUAUAGGAAAUGGUUAGCUGGGAAGAGUUUGUUCAAACAACAACCUAUUGAUUAG